CGAAGGCACUCGAAGCCCUUCCCCACUUUCUCGUAUCAGAGUGCUCUCGUUGAGAGACAUGACAGACGCAUCGUCCACCACGCACGAACUCGACGCUAGGGUUCGUGAGAUGGGACACGCCAUGGUGCAGAUGCAGAGGGAUCUAGAAUACCGAUUCGAGCGGCUGGAUGCAGCUCUGACCACCAUCCAAACUGCCGUCGCUGGCUUCCAAGCAGGGGGCGGCGGACGGGCAGGGCGGCACCCGAAGCACCACGACAGAGGCGGGGGAUUUCACACGCCGAAGCCCAAGCUUGAGCCGCCCAAGAGUGAUGGCGCGGAACCCUUGCGGUGGUUAUAUCAGGUACAGGAAUAUUUUGCCUACUAUGAAACGCCGCCGGAGGAAAGGUUACGAUGUGUAACGAUGAUGCUCGAAGGACAGGCAGCUGAUUGGUUUCGGUGGAGGCGGAACAACGGCCUAAUCGCGGAUUGGGAUGACUUCGUGCUGAAAUUCAAGUUACGGUUCGACCCGCUUCAUUAUGUGGACUAUGUGGGUCAAUUAGCACGAGUCAGGCAGUCAGGAGGAGUCAUGGAGUACCAGGCCGCUUUCGAGAAGGUCCUCACCCACGUCACCGACGUCCCCGAGCCUUAUCUUCAAUCAUUAUUUCAUGCAGGCUUGAAGAACCACCUGCAGCACGAGAUUAGUUUGCUCAAACCUGAGACGUUAUCGGAGUCCUUUGCGUUAGCACGGGAAUUAGAGGCAAAGCACCAAGCCAUCGUGCAUUCGGUAGGGCUGAAGAGUUCGUCGUGGGGUACCAAUUUCAAUCGAGGCAACCCUAGCCGGGCCGUGGCAGAGGGGUCCGCUGGGUCAGUGACUAAGCCGGCCCAGAUCAGCAGCGGGGUCAAAGCUACAUCCGAGGGGCGGGAGUCUUCCAACACACCACCGAUCAAGCGCCUCACCAGAGCCGAACGAUUGGAAAAAGACGCAAAGGGAUUAUGCUAUAAUUGCGAUCAAAAGUGGCACAAGGGACAUAAAUGUGGACGGUUCAUUCGGAUCAUGGGCGAAGACGAUGGGGAGGAGGAGGAACCCGAAGAAGAUGAAGAAAUUGAGGUCGCCGCCGACAUUUCGAGUUUGAACAGUAUGUCGGGGGUCACCACGCCUCGGUCCCUGCGACUCACGGGAAAAAUUGGGCAACAGGGGCUGGAUGUUUUAAUCGACGGGGGAAGCACGCACAAUUUCGUGCAUCCCCGCACGGUGGAAAAAUUGGGGCUAAGUUUGGAGAAAGUGGCAGCGUUUCGAGUAUACGUCGGCAACGGAGACUCACUGUGUUGUACCCAACAAUGCCGGAAUGUUGCCCUAGAGCUGCAAGGUACGACAUUUACAGUAGACUUGUAUGUCCUCCAAAUCCACGGGCAUGAUGUGGUCCUAGGCGUCCAAUGGUUGAGGGGUCUGGGGCGCGUCCUACACGACUACGAAAAGGUGACAAUGGAGUUUGCCUGGGGAGAACAGACAGUAACUCUACGGGGGGAUGCAGUGGUCCCUAAGCAGACCUCUUUGCACCACUUGCGGGCCUUGCACGCGCGGCAUGAGGUAGAUGCUGGAAUUCUUCUCAUGGUUGCCGAAGCCGAAGACACAGAAAAAGGAGAGUCUGGUGCGACAGAAGAGGGGCUGCCGAGGGGAAUUGCAGCGCUCCUAGAGCGUUUUGACGAAGUGUUUAAGGAACCCCAGGGCCUGCCUCCACACUGUACAGUCGACCACCGGAUCUAUUUGCAACCUGGCGUGGCUCCGGUGAAUCCCCUACCCGUGCCAAGCCAAGUAUGGGAAGACAUAUCCAUGGAUUUUAUAGUAGGGCUUCCACCUUCGCGGGGUUAUACGGUCAUAAUGGUCGUGGUGGACCGAUUAACAAAGGUAGUUCAUUUGGGGGCAUUACCCGCGGGGUUCGACGCUCAUCGAACAGCUCACUUGUUCAUUGAUAUUGUGGUGAAGCUUCACGGGUUUCCCAAGACAAUUGUAUCGGAUAGGGAUCGGGUUUUCCUUAGCAACUUUUGGCGAGAAGCAUUGAAGGCGAGCGGGACGACGUUGGCAAUGAGCACGUCAUUCCAUCCCCAAACCGAUGGGCAAACGGAGGUCAUGAACCGAGCGGUGGAGCAGUACCUGAGGGCGUUUGCACAAGACAAACCCUCCCGCUGGACGGUCCUCCUGCCAUGGGCAGAAUAUGCUCUGAAUACCAGCGUGCAUUCCGGAUUAAAGAGGACCCCGUUCGAGGCUUUGUAUGGGCGACCACCACCGACGUUUUUACCAUAUCGCCGGGGCGAUAGCAAAGUACCGGAGGUAGAUAAUUUUUUGCAGGAGCGGGACUCUUUACUCCGACGCUUGCGGGAAAAUUUGAAAGAAGCUCAACGACGAAUGACUCAAACGGCGAAUAGGCACCGCACGGAUUUGAAGUUCAAAGAAGGAGAUUGGGUACUGUUGAAACUGCAGCCGUACCGCCAGCAUUCCGUUGUUCGUCGGAGUUCACAGAAACUAGCAAGACGGUACUAUGGGCCUUAUCGGGUGCUUGCACGGAUUGGAGAGGCAGCCUACCGCCUAGAAUUACCGCCGGGAUCACGGAUACACCCCGUAUUCCAUGUCUCUUUGAUGCGGCCGUACUAUGGAGAGUCACCCGAGCAGGAACAACUUGCGCUACCAUCCGAGUUCGUGCAUGGGCAGCCCCUAUCGGAGCCAGCGCGGAUUCUCGCCGAGCGACAGGUUUUGGUGCGGGGAACACCAGAGAAACAAUGUUUGGUGGAAUGGACAGAUGGGGGACGAGAUGACGUCACAUGGGAACCAUACGAUCGGCUUCACCAACGGUUUCCGACGUUACACCUUGAGGACAAGGUGGCUUCGCAAGCGGAAGGGAAUGUUACGCAAGGACUGCAUGGGUCUCGGAAGGAGACCUCUAGUGAGCGGGACAAGCCAGUGGGCCGAGCCAGGGCUAAACAGACCGAAGGGAAAAGGAAUGUGUGCCGCGAGGGUCGAGAGGAGAUACGAGAGCCACGGACGAGGAAAGCACCGGGAUGGCACGACGAUUACGUUUUAAAUACGAAGGCACUCAAAGCCCUUCCCCACUUUCUCGUAUCACAAGGUCAGUCCAGUUCGCCUCAGCCGUUAUCGGCGGUGGCGCCUGGCCAGAAGCUAUGCCGGCUGAAGAAGCAGUUUCCCUCCUCAACCCCUGCAUUGCGGGGCCCUAGGGUUGAGUUGGAGGAAAACAUCAUGGCCCUAUGCCAUUGUCAAAUUUCUUACCAAGGGUUUGCCGACGCUACUGAUAUGGUCGGCCCCUCCAUUGAAGUUCGGCGGCCCAGCAGGACCUAGGGCACCCUGGAUGCCCUCGAGGGUUCUUCAUUGUUCACCUGGCUUCUUGAGGAAGGGACUUUGGUUCCCCUUGAACUCUCUGUUGGUGGAGUUCCUUAACGAGGCGAACUAGACUCGCCUCUAUGCCGGUUGAAGAAGCAGUUUCCCUCCUCAACCCCUACGUUGUGGGGCCCUAGGGUUGAGUUGGAGGAAAAUAUCAUGUCCCUAUGUCAUUGUCAAAUUUCUGACUAAGGGUUUGAGUAUCACAUUAUAUAUAUUCACUAUUAAUCUACUCAUCAUAUCUAUCUUUUUUUAAACAAAUGUGUACUAAUAUU